AAAGCGGAAAAGGCGUGGCCACGUGAUGUUUUGCUAACUGUUAGCCACAGCAAGCUAACUUUGUGUUGUAGUUGGUAUCUUAUUUUGAUCCUGCUCAACUUGCCAGAUUGCUCUCGGGUCUUCGUGGGAUUUGACCUAAAUGCGAGUUUUAGUAACCAUUAAACCAACGGAGCCAUGAACGGGAGCACGAAUCCGCUGCUGGACAAAGAGGAGCAUGUUUUGAAGCUCGGAGAAAGCUUUGAGAAGAGGCCAAAGUCUUCCUUUCACACCAUCAGAUAUGACUUCAAACCAGCAUCGAUUGACACAAGCUGUGAGGGAGAGCUUCAAGUUGGGAAAGGAGAUGAAGUUACCAUAACACUACCUCAUAUUCCAGGCUCUACCCCUCCCAUGACAGUAUUCAAAGGAAACAAGCGGCCAUACCAGAAGGACUGUGUGCUCAUCAUUAACCACGACACUGGGGAGUUUGUACUGGAGAAACUGAGCAGCAGCAUCCAGGUCAAGAAAACUAGGGCAGAGGGCAGCAGUAAGAUCCAGGCCCGGAUUGAGCAGCAGUCGCUUCGGUCCAGCCAGCCCACCUCUCAGUUUAGGGCCCCCACUAAACCCGGGGCUGGGAUCAAAACCUCUCCUUCCCCAUCUAAGGACAACCCCUCCCCAGAGCCUCAGCUCGAUGACAUCAAGAGAGAGCUGCGAGCAGAGGUGGAGGUGAUAGAGCAGAUGAGCAGCAGCGGCAGCAGCAGCUCCUCCGACUCGGGCAGCGCCUCAGGGAGCGGCGAUGACAGCAGCAGCAGCGACGGAGAGCUCGAGACCCCCCGACCCCUCAGCCAGACGUCACCCAGCCGCCACCCCAUGGCCAACGGAGGACCUGACCGGCAGCAGGGGAACAACCAGCUCAUGAACACACUCCGAAAUGACCUUCAGCUCAGCGAGUCAGGCAGUGACAGCGAUGACGACUGAGCUCUGCUGGUCAGUCUCUCUGUCCACACUCCUCCUCCUUUCUGCCUGGUUGACUUGUUUCUUUGCUGUGAUAGCUGACCCCAGCUGUGUAGGUUGGUUUGACUACAUAUAUUUUUUUUAAUUUGCUUUAGUAUAUCCUGAAAGCUGGCCAGCCUGGAACUUAAGAGUGUAUUUUUUAUUAGAUGUAUAUCUUGUUUUGUAUAGCAAAACUGGAGACAAAGAGAAAAAUUCUUCAGAGGUUUGGAAGAUUAUAUAUUAGAGUGCACAUACAUAUUUUCUGUACUUAGAGCAGCUAGUUUUAUUUACUUGUAUCAUUAAUAUUUUUUUUUCUUUCAGUUUUGUCUAUGGUUUGGCAAGCAAGAUUUUCUGUAGCUGUGCGAUCAUCGCUGUAAUAUUUGUUUUUUGUUUUCAUUUUGCUAAGAGUACAAAAAUAGCAGAAUUGCACAGAUGAUCUGCAAAUAGCAACAAAGCAAAGAAAACAAAUGCCGCAGGUAUUUUGUCAUCCACUAAGUUUUUGAGGUCAUUGUGGAACAUGAUGCAGAAUCGGUAUCAGUUGCUGAUGCUAACUUUAGUUUGCUGUUUGCUGGUCUUUUUUUUUUUAAGUAGCAACACUACACUCACUAGAUGUCACCUUUUAGCAGGUUGAGAUUGUGGUUUGCUUAUCUACGCUCAUGGAAAAUUAACAGGGCAACAUGCUGCAUGUUGUUUUAAAGCUCCAAUUAGUUUGUUUUAUGUCCACAAGGGGGCAGAAAAGAGUCAACAACGAGCAGAAACUCAGAUUGCUGGUAUGAAUAACAUGUAAGUAAGCUAUAGAAUGUAAGUCUAGUGUUGUAGCUCUCUUUUGAAUUCAACUGCCACCCCCCCAAAAAUGUCUAACUAAUUAGCUGCUCAACUUUCCUCACCAGCUGCGUUUUACUUCCACUGUCUACUCUGUGGUGCCAGACACACAAGCUUUUAUUUUUCUAAGCUUAUUUAUAUGAAACAGUAGUUACAAACGCACGUGUUUGCUUUUUUUCCUGAUGGUCAGAGGAAAAUGCAGACUUUAAUCCUCCAGUCGGUCUGUGAGGCCAUAACUGACAAGUUAAUCAUAUUUGAAAGGAGACAGGUGCAUCGGGGUUGGCUUCUACAAAAUUUCUGUCAAGAUUAAAAUACUUAAAUAAAAUCAAAGAACCAAAUUAAAGGGGGAAACUAAUUUGCCCCAGAAGCAUGCAAUGUGUUAAUCAUCACUUUCAAGUUUGUUGUAUCAGCUAUGUAUCAUUUGCAAACAGAGAACAUUAUUUUUUGCUCCAGUAUUUUCAUAUAAAACCUAUACCAUUGUACCAUUCCACGCCUUAAAGCAUGCUAGCUUGGAAAAAAUAAGUGAAUGUGUCUUUUUCUGAAAAUGCCAAAGAGUUGAAAUGCCCCUCGUCAUGUGCAAGAUGUACAGGAAUGUUCACAGUGUAACGCCUUUUCCAUGCAUUUAUUGCAGCUCUGAAAUGUUUCCAGGCAUCGCCUGCAGUGGUUGUAUGUGACAAUGAAAAUCUCUCAGUCGGUCAAACCACAAGUUAAACAGACUUUAACUGGUCAGAUCCCUGUUGCACUGUGGUUGUGUGUGCAUAGAGCUGGUAAUAUUAAUUUUCUAUCAUGCUUCCUGCACCCUCUGAACAGGUGCCACCCAUUGUAUAAACUAAACAUAGUGUUUCCAGUAGUUAGAACACAAACAGAUCUCUUACUGUGUCCUAAAUGUGUGAAAAUCACUUAACGACACCAGUGUGUAAUUGUACUUUUCAUUUUUUUCUGUAGUUUAUGUGUAAUUGUGAUUUGUAUCAGUGAUUUUCUUCCAAUUUCUGCUAGAGACAGUGAAGAUCCUGUUUGUGAUUAUGAAUGCAGUAUAACAAGCCACAGUGUAGAGAAAACCGAGGAGUUUUAUUACAGAAUGAUUAGACUUAAAGGUCACAGUAUUUGUUGUUAAAGAAAUUUUGACGAAUGCAAAAUUUUAGGAUGAAACGCCAGAUGAUUGUCAUUUUUGAAACUGGUAACAAGUUUUGGGUCAUAUUUAAAGGAAAUUUCCAUCAAAAUAAUUAAAUAGUUACUCUACUCUAAGAUUAACAUUAGAUGUACUUUAUUAUAAUUAGUGUUAAAUUUGAGAUUGUAAGGGUCUAUUUUAAUCAAUACAGCUGUCUGCAGAGACCCGCUUUAUGUGACCCAAAGCGUCUUUUUAGGUCUAUUUUCUA